AGCGAAAGGCAGUCGUAAAGAUGGCGGCGGUGUGUGUGUCAGCAGAGCUGACGUUUAGAGAUGGACAGAGAGAGAAAAUUAGCGUCAAAGUAGACAAUAAUCUGAAGUCUCUGAUAAACGGAGUUCACGAGAUGAACGAGAACGUGUCUAGACUUCUCAGUGAGCUGGUGGAGAGGGAGAAACUCGGCGGAGUCUGCGCAGAUGGUGAGGAGGAUGACAGCGAUGAAGAUGAGGAAUCAGAGGAAUCAGAGGAGCCUCCAAACUGCGAAAAACAGCCUCCAGUAAAACGCUGCAGAACCUCAAACUCCUGAAGUCUUGUUGUGGGAUGAUAUUCAGACCAUACUGUUGUAAAUACUGAAUCAUUAACUGUAAAAAAAGGGAUGCACAGAUGCGUCGGUUUAACAUCGGUAUCAGCCAAUAUCUGCCCUGUUCACAAACACUGGACAUGUGACAUUAACAGAUAUUAGUUACCAGUGUUUAUCUGUUGUCUCCAAUGAAUUUCAUGCUGCCAUCCAGUAAGAGAUUUUUUUUUUUUUACAUGGCAGAAGUGACCCUUUAGACAAACUGAUUCGAUUUAAUGGUUCAAUGUAGGAGUGUUGCACCAAAAUAAGUGUAAAAAACCAUCAGUAUCAGUUAAAAUAUGUAUCUUAAACAUCAGUUUCAGCUCUUAUUUUCACAAUCAGUGCCUCUUUCUUUAAAGGUCAUGAGUAAAUGUGUGUGUUUGUAAUCAACACCUGGUGUCAGGUGACCUUGGAGAACAGUCCAGGUGUGUCUGUGUUCACAGAUAAUUAAUAAAACUAUUUUAUAA